AUGUCGGCCGUUUCCAGUGGUUUGCCAGAUGAGGUUAUAACCUGUCUCCAGAACGCACGUUUCCUCCAUCUCGCGACAUGUUCGGACAAUGUUCCCCAUGUCUCUCUAAUGAAUUAUACAUACUUGCCGAAUACGCCAUACUCUUCAUCACCUAUCAUCAUAAUGACGACGCCUUCUUCUUCUCGGAAGACUGACAACUUGGAAUCGAAUGCCCGUGUUUCGCUUCUUGUUCACGACUGGAUCUCCCAUCGACCACCGACUCUUAGUCAGCAUGGUCGCUCGCCUUCACCAUCUGCCUCAGGUCCGCGGUCUGGUUCGUUGGCAGAGCUUCUACUCGGUAUGAACACAGCCUCGCUCAGCAGAAUCAGCACUACGAUCAAUGGCGUCGCCGAAAUAGUACCUUCUGGCUCUGAACAGGAGCGCUGGUACAGGGCGCAGCAUCUUGCGAACAACACCUUUGGCCCUACGGACGAGAACACCUACUCGAGCUCACCGGGCGAUGGCGGUUUAUGGGGAGGAGGCGGUCUUACCCGUACAGUGUCCCAAGAAAGAGAUACGCAAGAAGGAGAUGGUGGCACGAGAUGCUAUGUUGAGGGAGAGGAGGUUAAGGUUGUGGUUGUCAAGAUCAAGGACGGCAGAAUUGCCGACUGGAAGGGUCAAGUGAGGGAUUGGGCAGUGGCCAGCAGCACUACUGCUGCAUUGACGAAUGGUACCUAG